AUGCCAAAGAAAGAACGCGAAAGGCGAGAUGCAACUGAAGACGAAAUUGAAAACCUACGGCAUGUCGUUGACUCCUUGCCACUCAUAGUUUGGGUUGCUCUGAUAGCUAGUGGAGCAGAACGUUUUACAUUCUAUGCUGUCACAACUCCUUGGCAAAAUUACACGCAGUACCCUCGGGAUAGCAUCACAAUUCCUGGUGCUUUAGGUCUCGGUCAAGCCACUGCUUCAACACUCUCGAGUGCCUUUUAUGCUUUUACAUUCUUGACUUCUUUGCCGUUCGCUAUUGUCUCAGACGCCUGGCUAGGACGUUACAAGACAAUAUGCAUUAGCUUUUUUCUCAAUUUCUGCGGGUGUUUAGUCCUAUUCGUUACCUCUCUGCCAGCUGUAGAAGUGCACUCUGUCAAGGUUGCUGGGUUGGCAAUUUCCAUGCUUCUUCUGGGACUUGGGACAGGUGGUAUCAAGGCGACUAUAAGUCCCUUCAUAGUAACCACAAAAUCCGGUGAACGUGUCGUCACAGACCGAAUGUUGACCCUCCAAUACAUAUACAACAUUUUUUAUUGGUUUACCAGCAUCGCAACCUUGUCUCUGAUUGCCUCGACCUAUUUAGAGAAAGAAGUUGGGUUCUGGGCAGCUUAUCUCCUGCCGCUGUGCUCAGUCUGGAUCGUGGUUCCUUUAUUGUUCGUUUGGUACAAGCCUUUAGUGAAGCUUCCGCCACAAGACAACGUUCUACCACACGCAUUCAAGGUCAUCAUGUACUCGAUCCAAGAUGGAUUCUACUUAGACGCAGCAAAACCCGCAUACCAAGCAGAAAAGUACGGAAGGCAAAUUGAAUGGGACGAUAUGUUCGUAUCAGAGAUCAGAAGAGGCCUUAAUGCGUGUAAAGUGAUGGCAUGCUUUAUACUAUACCACCUAUGCAAUAAUCAAAGUGUCAACAAUCUCAUCACUCAAGCCGGACAAAUGCGGCUAGAUGGGGUACCAAAUGACACCAUCAAAGCUCUCAAUCCUAUUGUCUGUGUCUUGCUCGGACCAAUAAUCCAAAGGUUUCUCUACCCGUCACUCCGCAGAGUCGGUAUCCCGUUCGGACCUAUCGCUCGCAUGACUUGGGCGUUCAUCACGAUGAGCGCAUCAAUGGCCUUUGCAGCUGGCAUACAGAAGCUGAUAUAUUCCCGAGGGCCGUGUUACGAGCAUCCACUGGCUUGCAAUACUCAUGGAGCGGAUGCAAAUGGCAGCACAACUACACCCAACGAUAUAAGUGUAUGGGUACAAACACCCAUAUACUUCCUGCUAGCAUUCGCAGAGGUUCUAGGCUUCACAACUUUAUCAGAGUACAGCUAUUCGGAAGCACCAAAGAACAUGCGCACUUUGGUGCAAGCUCUUGGGCAAGUGGCUUCAGGCGUUGGAUCUGCGUUGGGAAUAGCUGUUUCUCCGCUGUCGGAUGAUCCAAAGGUCAUGUACAUGUAUACUGGAUUGGCGUCGGUCAUGGGAAUUUGGGCUUUGGGGUUCUGGGUGAGAAAGGAGCCCCUGGGAGUUAAGCGGCAUAAUGAAUCCAUGCCCCAGGCAAACAUCAAUGGUGAUUAUAGAGCGAUCAUGUAA